GCUUGUGAUAAGGGGUCCAUAGGUUUUCUAUUUUCGGAAUAUCCUUAUUUGUUUAUGUUGUCUGCUAAUUGUUUUGCCUGUAAUCGGUUUCGUUAGAUGAGUUUCUAACAUCAACUUCGUGGCUAAUAAUAGUAUGGAGAAGUUAUUUUUCUCAUUUUUCGACACACUUGUCAAGCGUUUCAAGUCAGUCAAGCGAGCCAGGGAACAAAAUUAACCCAUGUUUUUGACCUCAAAGACUCAAACUACAGACGUGAUAAGGGGAACCAAUUUCGUUCCAAUGUGAAGACGACCCGCCAGACAUGCAUAUCAGUUUUCAACUACGUUUUACAGUCGCUGUUAGACGACCUAUAAAAUAAGGCACAAUAUUCUGAAGACAUCACCUCAGAGAUCGAUGAAAACAUGUAUUUUGUUCAGUGAUCGACUGUUCUUCAUCAAAGAAACCCUUUCAGGAUCAGAAUAAUGUACGAAUUGGUGGUCUUCACAAUAUGUUGAAUCAACCAAAUAUGGUUUUAGCCAUGAAGAGAUCUGAUCUUUUUACAUCUGCAAACUGUUCGACACAACUCGCCUUCAGUAUUCUACCAUACACUUUGAUUUUUCCCUUCGAUGACGCGGACCUUCCUCAGCCCAUCGACGAGGAACUGGUGAAGAUCAACCAAGUACAAGAUAAAUUCCCACAUGACAACUUGUGCCUCAUCGAAGGAGAUUUACUUCCGCGAUAUCGUACGAACGCUUCCAGAAGGAGAUCAGCACCGUCUGCCGUGCUGAAAGCAGCACUAGUACCAAAACCACAUCUUGCAGUAAGAGGGAGUCAACAUGAUGGAGGAAGCUUAAAGGUGAAGGCUUUUACUGAUGCUACAUCGAUUUUCCCCCUUCCAUCGAGGCAUUUCGUACAAGAAGGAUGUGCUCAAGUCACUGUUGGAGUGUCUACACAAGAGCGCCACCUUUUUCUUUUUAGUGAUUUACUUCUAGUUGCAAAAUCCAAAUCAGCUGCAACAUACAAACUCAAGCAUCGUAUUCGUGUCAGUGAACUGUGGUUGACCAAUUGUACUGAAGAAGUUUGUGAGUCAACAAAGUCUGCCGAGAAGUCUUUUGUGCUUGGGUGGCCUACGACGAACUCUGUCUUCACUUUCAG